AUGGUACCUCUCAAGGCAGAGACGUGGAUCUGGUGGACUUUCGUGGUGUUAUGUGUAAUUUGUCGAAUGAUCUCGAGGUACCUGAGCCUCGGCACGAUCAGGCGUUUCCAAGCAGAUGACUACAUCACCGCGUUUGCCAUAUGCUUCUACACUACAUUGAUCGUCACCAUUAACAUCGUCGCCAAAUCCGAUUCCAACCUUCUGCCGCCAGGUUUCGAUGUCAACAGCCUGACUCCCCAACAGAUCCAUGACCGUUCUUAUGGCUCCAAACUGGUGCUUGUCGUGGAACAAUGUCAGAUCAUGACCGUCUGGUGUGAAAAGUUAUGUAUGCUGUUGCUAUACCGUCGCCUUACCGUUGGAGUAUGGGAAAUACGCGCAAUCAAGGCACUCUUCUUCUAUGUAUGCAUCAGCUGGGUCAUCAUGGAAAUCCUCUACUUUGGAGUUUGGUGCAGGCCUUUCCACAUGUACUGGGCUGUACCCUCGACCACGCAAUGCACAGCUGCAACAAAUCAUCUCAUCACCAAUGCCGUCUUCAACAUCAGCUCGGACACUAUGAUCCUGGCUGUCGCUCUCCCUAUGUUCAUCAAGACACGAUUGCCUCUCCGGAAGAAGAUCGCCAUCGUUGGAAUCUUCUCGCUAGGAACCUUUGUCAUUAUCUGCGCAAUUCUGAACAAGGUGUACAGUUUCAACCAGCCAUUUGGCCUAGAAUGGACAUACUGGUACGUCCGGGAGUCAAGCACAGCACUGUUGACAGCAAAUGCCGCCUUCGUCUGGGCCUUGCUCCGCAGAGUAUUCAAACUCCGUUCGCUG